AUGGCUGUGUCGACCUUGGGAUUAGCAUUCGGUCUCGGUCUCAUCGUUGGCUCAGGGCAAUCAAUUUCAGAGAAGCUUGCUUUCCAGAGCUUCGCCAUCGGUCUCCCUCAAUACGGCGUCCACCUAUUCAACAAGCCAUGGUUCAUGUCACUGAUGAUGUUUUCUGGUAUGUUCCUGGCAUUGCUGGUCUUCUACUUCCGAGCCCUAGCUGUACGCAGGAUGUCCAGCAGAUCGUAUUCAUAUCCAACUCGCAAGACAUGGUUAGCCAUUUUCUUCCCGGCAUGUUUUGAUCUCGUCGGUACAUCCUUCCAAGCUGUUGGUCUGGUCUACACUCCAGUUUCUGUCUUUCAAAUGCUGAAGGGAAGCAUUAUAGUUUUUUCAGCCGCCUUGUCAGUGCUUUUUCUCAAACGUAAAAUGUACCGAAACCACUGGGCUGGCGUCAUCAUCUGUGUAGUCGCUCUCGGUUUGGUCGGGUCUUCCUCGAUUUUCUCGAGGGACUCCCAAGCUGUUAGUUUUUCUGCUGGUGAAGUUAUAACCGGUAUUUGUUUCAUCAUCGGCAGCCAAGUCGUGUGCGCCUCUCAAUACGUCGUNNNNUGGGAUGCCUUUGCGAUGAUGGGCAACUCUAAGAUAGUCCUUGGUGGUGUCCUCGGCUAUGCUUUGAACACUUUCGCCUAUAAUAUCUGCGCUGUUAACGUUACUAACUCUGCCUCUGCUAUCCAUACCACUAUGCUUGAUUCUACUAGGACUAUUCUUAUCUGGCUCUGUUCUGUUAUAAUGUAUUACAUGAGUGACGACCACUCUUUCGGUGAGCCCUUAACGCCGUAUUCGCUCAUCCAACUCGCUGGUUUCGUCCUACUCGUUUACGGUGUGCUCGUCUAUGACAACAUCGUACGCCUUCCAUUCGGGCUUGCCGGUCCCAACAAGGUGAAUCCAACUCGGGCUCCCAUGUCCAUGUCGAUGUCUGCUGGUACUCCUCUCGAACGGAAGCCAUUCGUUAUGGACGACUCGCCCAACUCCAUUCUAUCGUCAAUAUCCAACAGUGCUCGUCCCCAUCGGGUUACAGUCAAAUCCGAAGUCUAUGAGCCGCUAGUUAAUAAUGCCGAUAGACGAGUAUAAUUGAUGUAUUCUGCUCAUCUUCGCUUGACGGUUUUCUCUCUGUUACUUCACAAGUCCUUACGUAUGGACUUCGUCUCGCUAUCCAUACAAAUGUUUUGUUGCUAUUUGCUGUGUGUUGUACGGUUAAGGAUGUGUUUUAUAGUGUAAUUCACAUGAUUGCGUAUCGAUAGUGCGAUAUCCGAUUGUGGUGACGCCUUAUCAGCACU